AUGGCAUCCCUCCGCAUUGCCAUUAUCGGCGCCGGACCGGCUGGACUGACUCUUGCUCGCCUUCUGCAAGUGAAGAAAAUCCCUUACACCAUUUACGAUCUUGACGCCAAUGCACACAGCCGCGACCAAGGAGGAACCGUUGAUUUGCAUCGCCGGGGUGGACAAAUGGUGUUGGAAGCGGCUGGACUACUGGAGGAAUUUAAGAGACUGGCAAGACCAGAAGGAGAGGCGACCAAGCUGGUCAAGUACGAUGGCACAGUGGUUAUUGAUGAGAAUGUGCAGAAAGUGGAAAGGCCUGAAGAGUAUAAGGAUCGGCCGGAGAUUGACCGGUUACGAUUGAGGGAGUUGUUGCUGGGCUCAUUGGGAGAAGGGAAUAUUGUGUGGGGGAAGAAACUUUUGGCCGUUGAAGAUUCAAAGGCAGGAGAUGGAAAGUUUGAUCUCCAUUUUGCUGAUACUGUCGAAGAGGCAUUUGACAUUGUUGUUGGCGCCGACGGCGCAUGGUCGAAAGUUCGCCCAUUCCUAACCGACGAACAGCCCUUUUACUCUGGCAUUACGGCAAUCGAGCUUUGGGCCAUGGAUGUUGACGCUCAGCAUCAGUGGUUGUCCGAUUAUGUUGGCCAAGGGUCUAUGUACAUGUUUGACGAAGGGCGAGCAAUCAUCUCUCAGAGAAACGGCAACAACAGCAUACGCACAUAUGCUGCGGUACGACGGCCAGAAACAUGGCUGAAAGAUUGUGGCAUCGACUGGUCCGAGCCGGAUGCGAAGACGCGGCUCAUCGAAGAUUACUUCGCCAACUGCGGAGAAGAUCUGAAGCGAGUCAUCGUGGACAGCAAGGACAACCUCAUCCCUCGCACAAUGUACAUGCUUCCCGUCGAUAUGACAUGGGAACCAAAAGCUGGAGUUACCCUAAUUGGCGACGCAGCACAUUUGAUGACUCCUUUUGCCGGUGUCGGAGUCAACAUUGCUAUGGUGGACGCUCUGGAUUUAUCUCGAGCAAUUGAAUUCUGUGUUGAUGACAGAAAAGCUAUUGGGGCGGCCAUGUCUGCCUUCGAGAAGGACAUGUUUCGGAGGAGCCAAAUGUUUGCGAACAAGACGUGGAAGAACAUGCAGUCGCAUUUCAGCGCUACUGGCAUCGAUGAGCGUGCCGCACUUGCCCAUCGAUAG